AUGAACAGCCAAGCGCUAGCGACGCGAGUGGAGCGAUGCAUGAACGCAUCAGAGGACUAUUUAACGCUCUCGUCGGAAGAAGCGCAGCGGCUGGAAAACUUGGCGGAUUACGUGGUGGCCGACACUGUCGCCUACUACGACCGGUUCCGAUUCAGCGAAAAGCGCGUCGUCGAUCCAAGGAACUGGAAAGACGUUGGCCAUCGCGACAACCUGAUUGUCUACCGCGAGCGAUCGGGUUCGCGACCGACGUACCCCUCGAUUCGGUCAAUGGACGGAAGUCUGCAACUCAUUCCGUGCCGAUCGGCACCGUCUGUCAAGAUCGUCGGGAUGCUCCAGGGCACUUUGGACGACGAGAUGUACGGGUCUUUUAUCGACAGCGACGACGCCGUGAAGAUACGGAGUGUCUAUUCAAACGACUCGGCAAAAGACUUUCAUUGGCUCGCGACAAUCGUGGGGCCGACGCAGGCGAACCCGUUCCGCUUCUGCGGCGUCGCUCGAUGCACAAUGGGCGUGUCAGUGCCUCUGACCAAAAAACGCGGUGUCUGCGUCGUUGUGUCCAUGGGAAUGACCACAAAUACACGCGGAGAGCGCAUGGCGUACUACGUGUCGCAUUCCGUGAAUUUCGAAGAGUCUGCGACCGACCACGCAAGCAUUCGAGCAAAGUGCUCGCUCUGCUGGCUCAAGACGGAGCUACCGAAUGGCAAAGUCGAGUUGUACAUGAAAGGGUUUGCUGCGCCCAUGGGGAUCAUACCCGAGUUUGCAGCGUUCCCUGUCUUGGUCAAUUGCGUCUACGGCAUUGCAAUGACGAGUGACGCCGCGUACUCCAAGAAGCUCGCGUGGAUGAUCUAUGACGCCGGCAGGUCCGAGCACACGUCUCUCGCUCCACUGAUGGAUGAGUGCGUCGGACGAUGCAAAAACGCGUUCGGGGGCCCAAAAAGCAGUGCCAGCUUCCGACGGUGUCUUGUCUGUCGCAAAGCCAUCUGCAGUACAUGUCAAAUUGCCCGGAACAUCGUCGUGGACGUUGAAAAUGGACAGGUCAACAUGAAAAAGUGUAGUGUAUGCAUUCUGUGCAUGCACCAAGCCAAGUACUACAGUCCGCUGGCUUUUGCUCGACGUGAUGUGCGCUUGAAACGGUGGAAAAGCUUUGACGUCGCUCACACGUCGACCACUAGCAGCAGCGGCCACGACGUCGUGCUCAUAGCAAGUCCGGACCGUUUCUUCUAUAAAACACGUUGA